AUGGGUAGAAGUGGAGGGACGUUCGAACUGGACUGGACUGUAGCUGCUGGAGCUGUCAUUGUACCUUAUAUCCCUGUUUAUUUCAAGCAGCGUGGUCUCACUCUUACAGAAUUAUCCUCCACGUAUACAAUAGCACCACCUCUACAAUUUUUAGGAACCACCCUGUCUGGAAUAAUAGCUGAUAAACUGGGACGGUCCAAGCCUGUUCUGGUAGGCAAUCUAGUGAUUACAAUGCUAGCUGUCGCAAGUUUACUUAUGAUGCCAGGAAUGAAUAUUGAAAGUUGCGAUGGCCAGCCCUUUACUCUCGAAUGUGAUGAGAGAGAGUCCGACAAACUAAUUGCAACAACUACCUGCGGCAAAGAAGAAAAUGUCACAAUAAAAUCUUGCAAUUUGGAUUGUUCUAAAAACAGUACUCAGUAUUGCUAUGGAGACAGUCUUAUGUGCAGAAUUUUACAGGACGAGGAAGAGUUUCAUAAUUUUUCGCUGUCACUCCACAUGAACAGCAGUGCUAAGCUGAAACAAGAGUGCUCCUAUAAUGUUAAUACAUUGAUAUAUAACAAUACAGCUUAUUCCUGGUGCCAAGGGCCCCAUAAAAUGAAAUGUAUGGCACUUUGUGAGGUUUUCACUGAUGAAAAAUGUGCAAGAGAUAGGGCAUUGAGAUGGGAAUUAGUAGUCGCCAAUAUGGUAAUAUACAUUAUUUUUCUUAUGGGAUAUACAACUUGUUUCCGCAUUUUGGAUGUCACUUCAAUGUCUCUGGUAAAAGAACAUAAUUCCAGUUUCGGACGAGAACGCUUCUUUUCUAUUCUUAGUACCUUAAUUUUUUCUUCUCUAUCCGGAUAUAUUAUAGAUCUAAGCACACCUACAGCAAGUGAAAACAAUUAUGCAUCUACCUUCUACUGUUUCAUUGGAUUGUCACUUUUGACAUUAGCUAUUACUUACAAAUUAAAAGUCAAAAUCGAACCUCCGGGUGAAAAUAUGUGGAAAAAGUCCUUGAUCUUAAUGAGAAACACCGACAUUAUUAUAUUUAUCUUAGUUCUUUUUGUACUUGGCACCACGUGGAAUUUUACAAAGAACUUCACAAACUGGUUUCUAGAAGAUCUGAAUGCGCCUGCAAUCUUGAUGGGUCUGAUUCCAGCUAUGAACAGUUUGUAUGGAUUACCAUUUCUUCUUACUUCAAACUGGUGGGUUAAAAAAAUCGGUGCAUCAAAUAUUUUCAUAAUAGCUCUUGUAGAAUACUGUGGAAAUACUGUCGGAUACUCCUUUCUCAUUAAUCCAUGGUUUACUCUUCUUCUGGAAGUAUCCGCAGUGUUUACUUAUCACCUCUUGUGGGUAGCUGUAAUUGUGCAUAGUCAUGAGAUUGCUCCUGAAGGUUUGACGGCGACUGUAAUUUCUGUAGCAGGAGCCAUUCAUUACAGUGUUGGUAAAGCCUCAAGCAGUUUAAUUGGUGGGCUAAUCAUGAGUGCAUUUGGAGGAAGACUAGCAUAGAGUUAUAGCACUUAUUUGCUUAAUUGCUGCUAUACUGUAUGCAAUUUAUGUUUAUAUCCGGCGAAGAUGUCUUUCAGUGGCUCAUAACUUUGAAAAUAAUUGUGGUAUUGAAAAUUCUGGAUAUAAGGAAGAAUCACAAGAGACUUACACACAAGAUCCUGAGAUUUCUUAUGUAAAAACCUGAAUGCCUAAUUUUUCGAAAUACAUUGCUUCGUACUGAAGAAAUGUGCACUUUUUAAAAUUACGAAAUAGAAGAUUUCUGUGUAAUAGACAUACAUAGUCUUCUUGUUUUAUGUAUGCUUUUGUAGUCCAGUUUUAUGACAAAAAGAUUUUAUAUUUUUAUGUAAAUAUACAAAGUAUAAUGUAUUUUGAGAUUUUUACAAGAAACAGAAAAGAUUAUUUUAAUAAAUUUAUGUAUAUAUAUAAAGUAUUUGCAAUUUAA